AUGCUUACGAUGACAGAAGUCCACCUCCCCUUCUUGAUCAUACAACAGUGUCUCCCUGCGGAAGACGCUGUUAGGAACGUCAACACAACCGCAACAUGCCAGCUUCUCAAAUGGCUUUCAGUUCUCGACGGACAAGAUGACGUCAGCGGACCCGGCAGCACGACUCAGUGGACUCAGACCGUACAGGACACAACAAGUACAGCGUGCUCGAAGAUGACCAGAGCGAUCACAGCACGCCGGCGCAAGCAAGCGGCAAUGAGGCGACAACAACACUACCCGAAGACUACCAAGAACCGUCGAUCAACGCCCCAACCACCGCUGCCCAUGUCAACGGAAUCGAUUCGGGCGUGGCCGGGCCCACAAGGACCAGCAGCCAAAGCCCUGCCGUUCAUCAAGCAACACCGGUUCAUCAGGCGCAACAACAAUGUCAAACAGAACCAGCACUCAAAUACGACAGCAACCCAGGAUGGCGUAGAAACGCGCGCCCACCUGCCGAUUUCGUCUCGCAUCACGACGACCACUCCUGGCGCGAGCACAAUCCAGAGCUACUUGGGAAGAGGUACGAGCAAUCCCGCACGAUACACCUCUCUGCAAGGUCCAAGGACUGAGAGUGGUGAGCUGUACAACGAUCAAGACGUCGGCACGAUCGUCAAGCGGUAUCAUGUCAUGCCGUACAAGGGAGGAAGGCCAGUACCUGCGAGCUGGGAGUUGUUCAAAGACAAAGAUGGUGUGCAGAAGCUCAGGAAAUGGCGCUGCUUCGUGAUUGUUGGGAAGCAGGACGACAAGAUCAUGGAGCGGGCCAUCUACACCAACGGCGGUACCGGCUUGAGGCACGUCUCCGCUGAUCACCACCUCAAGUAUUACAGCCUUCGGCCGCUCGGUGUCAGUCGUACAGACUUCGAGAACCAGGUACCGGAGCAUGACGUCCUGUUCAUCGACUGGAUGAGGGGUGACAGGGCUCGCCAUAUGCUUCGUCCAACUAUGAUUGUCAACUGGAAGGAGGGUCACGAGCGCCCGAUCAACGAAGACGAGCUGCACGUGGUUAGAACAUUUGCGGCGGAAUCGGUGAGAGUGCUGCUCGACAGGAUUGCGCGCAGAUUCUAA